UUAGCUUUCUUUUACGCUGAUUCAUUUAGCACUCAGUCGCGGCUAUAUGCCAAUACCGUGUGGGACUACAUUUCCCAUAAUGCUCCUCACCAACUACGCUGUGUUUUCCUCCGCUGUUCCUGGUGUGGUGGAUAUUCCGUACACACUCCUCCUCAUUCAGAUACACAGAGAGACACACACACACAGGCAGGGAGGAGAUUGAGAGAGAGAGGGAGAGGGAGGUGAGCGGUCAUCCAGCGAGCAUGGCGGACGCGGACGCCCCGGGAGUGGACGGGGAGCCGGCCGGCCGCGGGCCGCUCACGCCGGGUCAUCCCCCGGGUCCGGGCUCGGUGGGCCAGCCGUCCUCGCUGAAGUUCGACCGCAACAUCAAGCAGGCUUUCUACAACACGGGCGCCAUGAUCUUCGUGGCGAUCUGCUGCGGCGCCGCCGUGCUGGUGUAUUUCAUCCUGGAGGCCUUCCUGCGGCCGCUGCUGUGGGCAGUGCUCUGCGGGACCUUCCUGCACCCCUUCAAGCACUCGCUCGCGCGCCUGGGCCGCUCGUGGCUGCGCGGGCUGCGCGAGAGCGGCACGCCGAUCGUGCUGGGCACGCUGCUCGUGCCGCCGUCCUGCGUCAACUACGGCGUGGAGGCGCUGGGCGCGCUUGUGCUGGAGCGGCUGCACGUGCUGCUGGCCAUCGGGGCUGGGGCUCCGCUGCUGUACCUGCUCUACCUGUUCUGGAGCGUCAUCGGUAUGCAGGUGGUGCUGGAGCAACUGUGCGGAGUGAUCUGCAGCAUCCUGGACUACUUCAACUCGCUCUGGGUUGGAACAUUAGUGGUGGGCUAUGUGUUGGCUGUGGCCUUUAAGUGGAACCCUGGGAUGGAGCGCUAUCUGCGGGCCCUGUCCGUUCCUGUGUGGACCGUGCUCAUAUUCUACCUGGUGUCUCUGACAGGGUCAUGGCGAGUGCCAGUGUUUGUGGUGGUGGUCUUUCUGCUGAUAGUGGGCUCCCAGGAGAAAGCCUCUGUAACAGGGAAAGGUGAACUCUCAGGACAGGUCCUGUCUUUUGCUGCUAACACUAUUUACAUGGCAAUCUCCUGCAGCAACUACACCACCACUACUGCUACUACUGCUGAGUCAGAGGAGGAGAACAGUACAGCUGCACAAUCUAAAGAACAAGUGGACUCUUCCAGGACGGCCAGUGGAGUUCCUGCCACCCCUCUCCGAGUGCGCCAUGAAUUCCAGGGAUUCCCACACAGAGAGAAGGCCAGUGAUAUCUACUUUGUGCUGCUAGUCUGGGCUAUAGUUCUGGUGCAAGUCUGGCUCAACCUUUGGAUCCUGCAGCUGUUGCCCAUCCCCUUUGCUGUGUGGGUAAUCAAGAAGCUGGUGGUGCGUUUCGGUGUGAAGGACUUUGCUGAGCGCACUCUGGCAGCAUGGUGGACGGUGCUGGAGAAGUUUGUCAGAGAAAGACAGGAAGCGCUGCUGCCUGGACCAAUCAAAGGCCUUGCACAGUUUCUGCUCAGGGUCGAUACCAAGCUCUGGCAUUGGCUUAACAAGCAGCUGAUUGUGUGGUUGGAGAGAUCUCUGGAUAAGCUCAUCAGCAUCUUCAUCAUUUUCCUGCUGGUCACAGGGACUCUGUUGAUGGCCCUCCUGCUCACUGCUAUGGUACAUCAUGAGAGCGCCCAUAUCAUAGACGUCACCGGCAACCUGAUCAACGAAACUGUGUCCAACCACCCUGAAUGGGCCAAUUGGCUUCCAGAGGCUCGUGUUGUUCAGAAGGCUCUGAACUCUGCUGCCACAAAUGUCUACCAGCAUGGAAGAGAAUGGAUAACUCAAAAGCUCCAAAAGAUGCUUGGUGAUAAAGUGAACAACACUGCAGUGAUAGAGAAGCAGGUUCUGGAACUGUGGGACAGACUGUACCACUCAUGGUUUGUGAAGAACGUUACCUAUACUGGACGCCACCGUGGCCAAAAGCAUCAUCUGCAAAGACACAACAGCUGGCUGGGGGACAUCCUAGACUGGCAGGACAUCGCCUCCUUCGUACAGGAGAACAUUGAAACACUUCUUUCGAUUCUGGAGUCUCUGUGGGUGGUGAUGAGCCGGAAUGUGGGCUUGCUGAUCUCUACAACCACCACACUGCUGACUGUACUCUUCCAUAGUGGAACAGCACUACUCAACUUCGUCCUGUCACUGGUGAUUUUCCUGACCACCCUGUUCUACCUGCUGAGCUCCAGUGGAGAGUACUAUAAGCCUGUUAAAUGGGUGAUCAACCUCACACCACUGUCCCAGCCUGGACCCUCAUCCAACAUCAUUGGCCAGUCUGUGGAGGAGGCUAUCAGAGGUGUGUUUGAUGCGUCUCUGAAGAUGGCAGGCUUCUAUGGCCUCUACACCUGGCUCACACACACCAUCUUCGGCAUCAACAUCGUCUUCAUCCCUUCAGCGAUGGCAGCUAUUCUGGGUGCUGUGCCGUUUUUGGGGACUUACUGGGCAGCGCUGCCGGCGAUGCUGGACUUGUGGCUGGCACAGGGCGAGGGAGUGAAAGCUGUGCUGCUGCUCUUCUGCCACCUAAUACCAACGUACUUUGUGGACACCGCCAUCUACUCGGAUAUAUCAGGGGGUGGUCAUCCUUAUCUGACUGGUCUGGCCGUGGCGGGUGGAGCGUACUAUCUGGGCUUGGAAGGCGCCAUCAUAGGCCCGAUCCUGCUCUGCAUUCUGGUCGUUGCUUCCAACAUCUACAGCGCCAUGCUGAUGAGCCCCAGCAGCCACACACCAGUACAGAGCAACUUCCCACAACACCUGGGCCGGCCCUUCUUUGACUCUCCGCUGCUGCUGAGGAGAGGAACAGAGUGAAAGACAGCCUUUCAUCUGCGAUCUGCUGCUGAUUGGCCCUCUCUUCUCAGAUGAGCCCUGCUCUGGGGUUUCCCCAAAAAGCCUCGCAAGGGCACAGAAUCUCCGCCAUUAAAACCUGAACCUGGAGGCCUGUUCAAGCUCGAGAUUAAAAUACUGCUGUUCCUUCAAAACAACAAAUCACCUUGGCCGGUGAUGAUGACGAUACUAACAACAAUGAUGAGGAUGAUGUUGAUGAUGACGGCAGUGCAUAUCCUUCUGAGCUGUGCUGAGCUGUCAGGGCAGGAGCUCAAUAAAUGCACUAUUAUUUACACAGCUAGCACCUAAACGCGAUGCUCAGUUAGCACCCUGGUGCUUUAGCUCGCACUCCAGUGCUACGUGAAGUAGCACGCUAACGUUAACGCUACUAGACGAUUACACAGGUCUCAGUGCUCAGAAUAGGUUGUCAUUGAUUUCAUUUGUGAGCUCACAAAAUAAUUUAAUAUAAGGUUUUCUGGAUGAGUAAACCAUUACCACGCAUCAUUUCUUCUCUAAAACAUGGAGCUAACAUAUCCACAGCAGUGUCAGACAAAACAGUCAGAUAUGGAUUACAUCACUCUCCUAAGACAGGGAAAAAAAUUAAGAGACAGAAGAAUCAGUUUCUCUGAUUUUGCUAUUUAUAGGUAUAUGUUUGAGUAAAAUGAACAUUGUUGUUUUAUUCUAUAAACUACAGACAACAUUUCUCCCAAAUAAAAAUAUUGUAAUUUAGAGCAUUUAUUUGCAGAAUAUGAGAAAUGGCUGAAAAAAUAAUAAAAAAGAUGCAGAGCUUUCAGACCUCAAAUAAUGCAAAGAAAACAAGUUCAUAUUCAUCAAGUUUUAAGAGUUCAGAAAUCAAUAUUUGGUGGAAUAAAACUGUUUUUUAAUCACAGUUUAAUCACAAUGUGUCUUGGCAUGUUCUUCUCCACCAGUCUUACACACUGCUUUUGGAUAAUUUUAUCCCACUCCUGGUGCAAAAAUUCAAGCAGUUCAUCCAUCCUCUUGGUUAUACUCCAGAGGUUUUCAAUUUGGCAAAAUCAAAGAAACUCAGCAUUUUUAGGUGGUCUCUUAUUUUUGUCCAGAGCUGUAUGUGAGAAAAAUGUGUGAAAUAAAUGUGCUAAAAGGGACUAGCACAAAAGACUAGCACAACAGUGUUGAGCCUUUUUCUGUGUAAUUAAACAGUAAUCUUACUUAACUUCCUCUUAAGCAAACAUGAAAAGUACAGAACUCUUUUGCUGAAGCGCUGUACAUCAUUCCAUGUGUAGAAGGUGACCUUAAUUUCCAAAAGGCACAAAGUUAAAGAUGAAACUUUCUUUUUAAAAUUGAAAGCAAGCUGUCACACUCCCCUGACCUCAAUAUCAUCCUAAAAAUCUGUAUAAAAGAACAGUUCUUGCAGGAUGACCCAAGAAUCUGACUCAAUAACGAGCCUUUUGCAAGGAAGAAUUUACUGACAGUUUAUGUUAGAGGUGGGAAGAUAUAUAUUAUUUAUAUAUAUAUAUAUAUAUAUAUAUAUAUAUAUAUAUAUAUAUAUAUAUAUUGCAGAGUAUUGCAGAAUCACAGUAUCGUGAGAUGCCCUGUGAUUCCUACUCCUAGUAGAAACUGUGACACUUGCCAAAGGAGGUAUUGCAAAGAACUGACCGGGCCGGGUGCUAAGAUUUUUGCUUUAGACUCUUUUUACAGUUUAAAACUAAGAAAAAGGUGAAACAAUAAGAUAAAAAGUAGCCAUGAAAGUAGCCAUUCCUUUUUCGUUUAUGUCUUUUAGUAUAGUGAAGAGCUUAAUUCAAGCCCAGAAGCCCAAUUCUACAUUCCAGUGUAAUUAGGCCACUGUGGCAUCAGGUUUAAUACUCAUUCAUCAAAAUAACAAGAGCAGUGUGGAAUUAAUCACACAGCCAUAUCUGACAGAACCGCUGCUGCUGCUAGACAACUUCUAGAGAAUAAAUGAUGCUUCUAAACUCUUUUCUAACAGGAUACAGAAUGGAUGUGUACAGCACUGAUGACAUUAGGUUUGUGUGUGAGUGUGUGUGUGUGUGUUUGAUACUUCUAGAUUUUCCUAUUUAACAGUUAAGCUAAGUUCUGGUAUGUGACUGUAAGGCUUUAAGACUUAUCAGAUUAAUUGAGUCAAUAUGUCACCCUUUAGAGGAUUCAGGAUGUUUCCGUUUGUAGAUUUUAUUUAUCAGGCAGAUAUUAGGAUGUUGUGUUGUGCCAUAUAUUUUACAGGUGUAAUACACUGCACAGCUAAAGGUAUAGGCAUUGCUUAUGUUUACAUUUACAUUCUGUAAGCAUGUGUGAGUGUGAGCACGUUUGAAUGUGUGUGUGAGUGUGUGUGCACUCCUUUGCCUUAUUUUCAUCUUACCUCACUUCUUCUUAAAGCUACAUUUAACAUCUUGGCACUGUUGUGUGUGUGUGUGUGUGUGUGUGUGUGUGCGUGCGUGCGUGCACACUCCCUAGCACUUUUUCAUUUCAUGGAGGGUCAUUGCUGAACAAAACACGCAUUCUGAAAGAUGUGCUGUAUUUUAUAGCGGAGUUUCACCCAUUUUACUAAUUUAACUUUGUAAUUCAGUGUAAUUUAAGUGUAAAAAAGUUAUUGUAAUUGUAGAAAUACCUAAACCCUGUUUAUAAAGGGUCAGCUCAUGUGACCAGUAUCUGAAUUGUACCCUGAUGAGAUUUUAGUCACAUUCAUUUACACUUAUUUGUUUAAAAAACAUCUCUAUUUAAUCAGACUGAAAUCUGAUUGCUGUAUCAGACCACCUCCUGAAGUGGUUAAAAUGAUGGGAUUUGUAUCUGGAUUAAAUGUGUAUUGGGUGUGUUUACACUUGCACUUUUAUAUCCAGAUAUUGAGAAUUGUGUUACUCAGAACACAAGUGACCAGGUGUAAAUUUGAUCCUACAGACACAGACUUCAUAAGAAACAAUGUCUGAAUUUUAUUUGCUGUUUAAAAUAAAAGUAAACCUACUUUUAGCUCUUUAUAUGUAAUCUUGACAAAAUCUUAUUUUAAAUGUAAGGGUUCAUUUUUGAUAAAUCCUUAACCAGUUUAGCUGAAAGCAGCUACUGUGUUAGAUUAAUUAGGUAAAUUAUUAAAAUACAAAUAUCAGUUAAGCUAAAUUGUUGUUACUGUAUUUUUUCGACCUAUAAGGUGCACUUAAAAUCCUUUAAGUUCCCCAAAAAUUGUCAGUGCGCUGUUUUAAUCCAUUGCACCUUAUGUAUGAAUUCUACCAGAGGAGGUUUAAGGAGCAGUAAAGCCACUCUGCUGAAGUACAGCAAUAUAAAGGAGUUUCAGUGAAGUUUUUCCAGAACUGAGACUCGUACGGUAUUAGCAUUAGCCGCUAACGACAUUUACUAGCGCUAGCAGUUAGCUGCUAAUGCUAAAGCUGCUACACACAGCCUUAGUGGAAAUCUGAAUAUCUAAGCUUACCGUAAAUGAACAGAAGCUCUUUAUUCACCCAAUUAAACAGUUUUCAGAAGAGAAAUCUGUGUAGAUUAACAUCCAGCGCUCGCUUUUAAAGAAAUUAGAAGAAUUACAGUUUUGUUUACUUAGGUGCGCCUAGCGGCGAGACCUGCUGAAUUAGAAGGAAAACAUGGAGACAACCCGGUCCCAUAAUAGUGUAGCAUAAUGCACCUUAUAAUCCAGUGCACUUUAUAGUGCAGAAAAUACAGUAAAUCAUUUAAACCACUGAGUUCUGCAGAAUUAUAGAAAAAUGAGUGGAACUCCUCUUUAACCCAGUUUAUCUGAACUACUGUAAUGACUGUAGAUCAUCAGACUUACAGAGGAUGUGUUUAUUGAGCUGAGCUUAAUUCUGACUGAACCUGAGAUGUGAUCCUGAGAUAGGGUUUGAGGAGUUUUUAUUCUUUAUUAUUUAAUUUGCUUGUGAAGGAAACUGUAGGCGAGAAAGACCAAAGUGGCAGUUCAGUGUAAAAAGCUUGAAUUUGAUGCACUGGGCGUGUAGCACAGCGGCGCGGUGUGUUGUUGGCUGUAGGUAGCUUUAGUGUGUUCGUGUUUUCACUCAGGAGGAGAUAGAUGCACUUUGACGACGCAGUUUACACCAAAAUAAAGAUAUAGUAUGUAUUUUACAAACACAGUGACUGUAGGAUUGACUGUAGGCAUUGAAUUACUGAAUAGUAUCACCGUUUAUUGUUUUGCUAGACUUUUGUUAAUUAAAGUGUUUAUAGGUUAUGAUUUUGGAAUUCUUUACAGCUUAUUCUAACUGUGUUCAGUGUUUUCUACUUGUUAAAAAGCACUAUUAAAACUUUGGGAUAAAACCUG